AUGCUGAACGUGAACAGCAGCAACAAAAAUAUGGCAUUUCAAUUGAGAAACUACCAUUUACAGGUGAUCGUAUCAGUUCAGCAAGAGGAUGAAACCGAACGGCAUUUGCUAAUGAAUGACCACUUAUCAACUUUUCACGAUUGUGCAAAACAUAUAUCGCGUUUGAAAGUGGACAAUACGGCUUUAGUUCAUGUGACCAAAGAAGGUGAUGCAAGCGAAUAUUUCGCAUCACCGCAUACAACCGUCGACGGGAAAUCAAAAAUCAAACUGCUGAGCUUCAACACGGCUGAUUACGCUGAUCAUGUUAACACGGAAAUGAAUUCAUAUUCAUUCCAGGCAUAUUGGCGUUCAUGUGCAUUUUUAUUAGGCGCUUUAGCCGAGACGUCGUUACGAGCGGAUGUCUCCAUUAUUGGUGCUUUGCCCUGCAAAGUGGAAAGUGGACGAUUCAUAUAUGCUACUUGUAUUGACGAAUUACACGAUUGGAAACCUUCACAGGUUGAACUCGACAUAUUGACACGUAAAGUAUUUCGCGAUUAUAUUUACAAAGCGUUACCAUUUGAACCGAUUCGUGUGCCGAGGAUGUUCGCUGCGGAAUUAUUCGCUGAAAAUCAAAGGAAGGCAGAUUGUAUAUUGAAUCACGAAGAUGACGAUGUGAUACUUUGUAAAGUCGGCGAACAUGUUGAUGUAGUUGAAGGACCAGUGAUUUCUAACACGAGGCAAAUUGGACGUUUUGCAGUCACUGGGGUGGAUUACGUGGAUGCACAGUAUCAUUUUCGUGGUGUUUCAUUACCGUCGCCUGUUAAGUGUUCAUCAUAUUCAUGGGAUUUGAUUGUGAAUGCAGCAACUGUCUCCUCGGCACCUCGUUUAUUGCAGUCAGGCACUGAACCUUCUCAAAAUGAACUUCGAGCCUCAUGA